AUGUCUAGAAGGCUUCCUUCUUAUAUGCUACUCCUAUUAAUUACACUCAUUUACACCGUAGCAGCAGCGCCCCUGAGUUCGUCAGGAGACGUUGAUUCCUUCAUUCCGAGCUGUGCGGCUCAGUGUUUCAACUCAUUCCUUAAUAUCAGCUAUGCGGACCGCCCGGCGAGAACAUUGGCAGCUCUUUGCCCGCGGAUCGGAGCAUAUGGAUUCACAAUUGGGGAGGCGGCCGUUCAGUGUCUUGCCGUGGAGAGGGCAGCAGGAGCUUGUUCUAAGCAGGUUGCAAGCGAUGCGGUGAUUGAUAAAGCCUUUUUCAUGUGCUAUGGUCAGCCUGGCGCUGUGCAACCUACUCACAGUGUCAUCACAGCCACGUUAGCUGUUCCUUUGUUUGGCACAGGACCAAUUACGUUCCCACCGGAGACGAAGACAAAGACGAGCCAUAAGACUUCGAUACCCACCGCAAUUCCAAGGGAGACGGUAUCGUCACUCUCUCUCCCAACGACGCUUGUUACGGAUCCCACGUCGCUGUCUGGUGCUAGACCCUCCAUGACUAGAUCCACGAAUGGACCCACGACGAAGUCCACGACUAAACCAUCGUCCACUUCCGUCAAGUCAUCGACGACAUCUCCUGCCGAGAUUCUCACAACUGAUCCAGUGGCUCCGACAUUUGCCGAGACCACCACAUCAGCAACUGAGACCAGUACUGGUACUAAUGUUCCCGAUGGCAUAUUUGGUGGACAAGGGGAAAAGAAGGCUUCAGCGUCUCUAAGCACAGGACAAGUAGCUGGAAUUGCAAUUGGAUGUAUCGCUGGUGUAGGAUGUAUCGGGUUUGGCAUCGCAGUUUUCUGCCGAUGCCUUCGUAAGAGGAGGUCUCGGUUCGGAAGAAAGAUGAGAAAGGGUGGACGGCCACUGAGAGAUUCGUGGAAUUCUAGUGCAGAAAAGGGUCCUCGCGGCGGUGGAGGCACGGAUUCUUGGAUUGCGAACCAACUUCGCAUGCCCCUCGACCCAGGGCCCAUGCCUGCUCCGACAAAAUCGUGGUAUAAUAGAGCGAGCUGGAGACCCAGUGCCAUUGGGCUAGCAAUAUCGCCUGCUAACACAAGAGACGGGACUCGGGCAACUACACCGACGUCCGCAAGGCCUUUGUCAAAACUACUUCCAGCCAAACCUAUCAUGAACCAGGGCCCCCCAAGGCUAGAGGUUUCGCUGCCUAGUCGAGAUGGAGACUCCCAUUUCGGCGCUGCAGCAAUAAUGGGAGCGGCAGCAGCGGGUGUAGCAUCAGGGGCAGUAAUGAGCGGCGCAAUGGCUGCGUCCUCAUCACCAAAGCCUACAGCGCAACCCAAGGUGCAGCCCAAGGUGCAACUCAAGGCACAGCCUAUCACACAGCCCAUGGUACGGCCAGCGAUGCGUCAACCAGAAAUGCCUGAGCCAUCUAUUCGGCCGCGAAAUCUCACCCCUCCAGGCAAGCCUCAGUCGCCCUCGCCAUUGAAGCUCAUCAUUCCGAAGACAGGAAACUUCAAGCCGUUCGUCCCCGUCGUUACCAGACACGAUAGCUCGACCACGGAAUUUGAAGAGGAUGGCAGGUCCUCACUCUCACCAGGUGGUCAGAUUUGGAGACCACCUUCGGCUGACCCGCACACUGCGGCCCCUUACUAUGUUGCAGACAGGAGCGGCAACUGGAGGCUUGGUGACCCUGCACGGGCUAUGGAGAUUGCAGAGCUUGAGGCAUCCAUUAGUCCAUUAACCGCCGCACCCAAAUCUGCCGCACCCAAGUUGGUUGCUGGUCUGGGAUUGGCCACAGGAGCUGCUGGUGCUCUAGCGCUUGUCAAAGCGGCAAGCCAACGAAGGGAUAACAAAGCAAGCGAAGCAUCAAAGGCUGCUGAAGAAACCAGACAGGGUGCCCUAGGUAUCAUCAUGCCACCCGAGAAGACCAUCAGGGCCGUCGAGCCGUCGCUUUCUUCAGACGAAGAGAUCCCAGAGCAGGAUCAGCAGCCAUAUGCCCCGCGACCCCUUUUCUCCGGUACUGGCAACAGCAGCAACUUUCCCCGUCGCUCAUUCACCAAUCGCCGGUCUUCGACGCGAUCUUUGACUCGUCCCCGAAUUACGUCUACUGAUAGCGGCGUGACGACUAUUUCGACCUCGACGGAUGACACUGAUCUGAGAUCUCCUCCUCCGUUAGAACAGCCAGGUAAUCUCUCGCCCGUGGUUGAGUCGCCGCGGUCUUUACGGCCUGGAAGGGGUCGUUCGCCAACUCAAUAUCCCAAGAUUCCGGCUAGCCUGAAUGCCGCAAUGCCUUCUCCAGGGAACUUGAACUCUGAUGUGGCUGCUGCUAAAGGCCCCACUACCAUGAGAGAUCGCCCUGCCCAGCAAAGCCCGAGCUUUGGAGCGCCGCUUGCUGCUGGCACCAUGUCCUCCGAUGGUAAUAUGCCUAAGCAACAUGGGAAGAAGUUCAUGGGACCCCGCGCUAUGGAAUCUCCUGGUGCCAUCAGAACCGGCUCUCCCAUGAUGCGAGGAGAAGCUCCGGCAUCGCGACCAGACGAGAGAUUCUACCAGGGCCCGCGCAAUCAAGUACCACGGCAAGCUGGUCCAUCCUCACAGCCAGGCCCUUCUUCACGGCCAUAUCCCCCUCAGCAGCAGCAGCAGCAACAACAACAACAACAAUAUCCUGCGCAAGCUUACCAAAGGCCGCCGUCCAAUAACUACUCCAUCCCCUAUCGGCUCCCUCCCCAUCCAACCGCCUACAGACCCAACAUCGACUCCUCCGGCUACCCGUACCAGACUCGCCUCCCAGAGUUCAACCAGGGCCCUGCAACCUACAACCUUCCCUAUCCCCCCCAGCCAAAUAGAUACCCGCAUCACCAUCCCCGCAACCACCAGCCCCCCUUUGUCCAGCAACCCGCCGCCAGACCCGUUUCCCUGCAUCUACAGCAGCUGCAGCAGAUACAGCAAAGGCAGCAACAACCAAGCCAGCGACCUCAACAGCCGCAGCCCCAACCUCAGCAACAGCAACAAGAGCAACAGCAACAACGCCGGCCACAGCAUCUCCAACCCCUCGCCCCAUCAUACUACCCAGACGCCCUCCCCCCAGGCCCCCUCCUCACCGGGAACUCCACAACAACAACCACGAGCGCCCACUCCGCCGACUCCCACGCCUCCUCCCUCCUCGCCAAGCGCCUCGGCACCUCCCGCGCCGCCAACAUGAACAUGGCCAUCCCCGUGCCCCAGGCCAACGCCGCUUCCUCGUCUUCCUCCCUCUCCCAGAGCAAAUGGUUCCGCCGCCCCGCCGGCGUCUCGUCCCCGGGGGUGCCGCCUCCGCCGCAGGAGCCCACGGAGUUGCCUGCAACGCCGGUCUGGAAGCCUCGGCUGACGCCUACCAGACGUGGAGAUGACCUGUUCUUGAUUGCUCAGUGA